AUGGGAGUGGGUGACAAGUGCCCUGUGGCCGUGGAACAACAGCUCGUCGACGGAGAACCAUUUAGAAGCGGUGCAAAAUCGCUUAACGCAAGGUCAGCGUCAAGCUUAUAUGAUCUCUUAUGUUUAGACACACCAAGUUGGAGUAGCAAAACAGAUCGAUGUUCAUCUUCCAGUCCGCAACUAAGACUGGAGAGUCUGUUACAUCAAUCUGGUAAUAGGUUCUGUGCAGAUUGUGGAACUCCAGAUCCAAAAUGGGUAUCCUCAAAUCUGGGAGUAUUUAUUUGUAUCAAGUGUUCUGUUGUACAUAGAAGCCUUGGCAUGCAGAUUUCAAAGGUUCUAUCAGUGAAGCUAGAUGAAUGGACUGAUGAACAAGUCGAUAAUUUGGAAACUCUGGUUGGAAAUAUUGCAGUUAACCAGAAGUAUGAAGCUUGCAUCCCAAAUAACCUUGAAAAACCAAAACCGGAUUCUUCUAUAGAGGAACGAUUGGAUUUUAUUAGCUGUUCUGCCCCUUCCCGUCGACUCAUAAAAGGAGUUCAUCAUCCCCAAGCAGUUCUUUAAGCAUUUUCUUUGCACAUGACAAGAAACAAUUCGAGAAACAAGCAACUAGAACUCGUAUUGGGCAGGCAUUUCGUAACAGCUGGGAAAGAAAAGACUCUGAGCACAAGGCCUCUAAGAAGUGCAAUCUAUUGGCAGGUAUGGUUGAAUUCAUUGGAUUGAUUAAGGUCAAUGUGGUUAAAGGCACCAAUCUAGCUAUUAGGGAUGUGAUGACUAGUGAUCCUUUUAUCAACUACCAAAGAAGCAGUCCUGAAGGAUUUUCAUGAACGAAGAGCUCUUAAGAUUAUCUCAGGAUUGCAGAAUUUCAAUAAAGACAAUGUUGCUUCAGUUGUUACUGCUGCAGAGAAUGUAGGUUUGAUGUUACCUUCUAGAUUAUCCUAAGUCACAAAUUUAAGAUUAAUUAACAAUUGAUGAAAUAUGCGGUACUGUAAGCAAUUUUCAUGCAUUUCAUGAUGUUGAUUUAAUCAUUUAAUUAGUAUUGUAAUAUUUUUUUCUUCUUCAAUAUUUUGGUUUUUCAUAUAUUGUAAGAACUACAUCACAGUUGUUCAAGUUGUCUAUGCAUGGACAAUUAAAAGAAAUUGAUUGUAAAC